GAAUAAUUCGCUUAUGAUGAUCGGCAAACCUACAGACGAUGUUGGUGUUUCUGUUUUGCGAUUCAGGUGAUCUUAUUGCAACAGGGGAGGCAUUUUUCGAGAACGUCACUUCGUUGCCGGCGUCGGCGUCGUAUCCUCUCAAGUACACACCCCGGUGCCUGCGAAGUAACUCCUUGGUGGAGAGCCAAUCAAGCCAGUAUAAAUUGGCCGCGGUGGCUUGAUUACGGCACAGUUCAAUCGAUUGUUUAGUGCUGUGAACAACUACUUCUUCCGAUCAACGAAACAUGGCUUUCAAGUUCCUGACCUUCUGUGCCCUGGUGGCCGUUGCCCGCGCUGGAGUCAUUGCUCCAGCUGCCGUGGCUUACGCAGCCCCGGUUGCCAAGACUUUGACUUAUGCUGCACCAGCUGCCCACGUGGCCUACGCUGCACCAGCUGCCCAUGUGGCUUAUGCUGCCCCUGUGGCCAAGACCAUUGUCGCCGCUCCGGUUGCCAAGACCCUCAUUGCUGCCCCAGUCGCCAAGACCGUCGUUGCUGCUGACGAAUACGACCCACAUCCAGAGUACUCCUACAGCUACGGAAUCUCCGAUGCCCUGACCGGUGACCAGAAGUCCCAGCAGGAAUCCCGUCACGGAGAUGCCGUCCAGGGAUCUUACUCGCUGGUUGAUGCCGAUGGCUUCAAGCGCACCGUUGAAUACACCGCCGACCCCGUCAACGGAUUCAACGCCGUUGUCCACCGUGAGCCUCUGGUCAAGACCGUCGCUGCUGCCCCAGUUGCCAAGGUUGUUGCCGCUGCCCCAGUUGCCUACGCCGCCCCAGUUGCCAAGACCAUCUCGUACGCCGCUCCAGCCGUGACCAAGACCAUCGUGUCCCAGCCAGCCGUGGCUUAUGCUGCUCCAGCUUACGCCUACCACCACUAAACGAUCAAAGACUGUCAAAGAAGUACAAGUAGCACCAGCCAUGGGAACCCCGUUUAUGAUUUUGUUUAACUUUUUGAACCCCAGACGAGUUCAGCCCCGUUCACGUCGACCUGUAAAAAUUGAACACUGCAACUAUUUAUUUUUCUGUUUGAAAUACAUCAAUCAAUGAAACGUAA